AUGGCCGACUCCAUACCAAUUCGGGGACAGCAACAACAAAUUAACACUGUCAGUCGUGACUUCGACGAGGCCAUCAUCGUUGACAUACUGUCCAGGCUACCGACCAAAUCUCUACUAAGGUUUUGCUCUGUAUGCAAAUUAUGGCUUACUUUAAUCUCUGAUCCCUAUUUUGUGAAGAAGCACCUUAGCCGCGUUAGAACCAACUGCCUCAAGCUCCUUGUCGCAACACGGGGUUCCCAAGCCGCCAUUAUAUCGAAAGAAGAUAAUGGCAAUGUUGCAAUCACAGAGCUUGAUUUCCCUAAUUUGAAUGUCAUCAUAUGGAACCCUAGUACUAGAGAAUUCAAGCGGUUACCGGAAGCACCUACUGUUGAUGAUGAUGUCCCCUUGGGAAUGCCCGACCCUAAUGAGUUGUAUUGGUUUGGAUUCGGUUAUGAUUCCACCAUUGAAGAUUACAAGGUGAAAGUGAUGAGCACAGUGGAGAACAGGAGUGCAAGAAAUACAGGUUCUGUCCUUAUAACUACUAGCUCCUCCGACUUGGAGUAG